GGCGCGGAGUAUGUGGGAGAGUGGAUGUCAGGGCUGCGGCAGGGACGUGGGAAGCAGAUUUGGGCCAACGGCUCAACAUACGACGGGCAAUUCUACGAGGACGCAAUGGAGGGGAUGGGAGUCUUGAGGUACGCCAAUGGAGACGUUUACCAAGGGAUCAUGCACGAUGGUCAACGGCACGGCAAGGGCAUGACGCUGACCUUGCCGUCCAGGUAUGAAGGGGAGUGGCUAAGAGACAGGAGGCACGGGGAGGGU